CACGAAAACGAUGCUAGACUCGAGACAAAGCGGAGAAAGGUCCGGAAGGGGACACGUAGCUGCUGGGAGUGCAGGCGACGGAAGAUGAAGUGUAUCUUCAGCUCAUCAAAAGACACCAUCUGUAUCCGCUGUACUCGUCGUGGCAUCAAAUGUGUCGGUCAAGAGUUUCCUGAGGAGAUAUCAACUUCUCUGGAUAGGAGUCUCCAGAUGGGGGAUCGUGUUGGGAGAGUCGAAGCAUUAGUUGAGCAGUUGCUCGAGAAAGGAUCCGAUAACCCUGAUCCACUUGGUGGAUGUAUACCUGGGAAGGAGACCGGAAAACUUACCCAUGACAUUCCUACUCCUAUAUCGACCUUCAUGGAACCUUCGGCGGAACAGGACUUGGCCGGAUUCGAGAUAUUCCAUUGCGAUUCUGAAUUUCAAAGCGUUAGACGCGCACACAGUCCAUCUAGCAGAUAUGAGAGGUUGUCUCGGAGUCUGUAUCAAUCUUUACCCUCACAAGAAGACACUCGAAGGAUAAUCAAAGCAUGCGGUAACAUGUCCACCUUAUUUUACCGAAUGCAGACAGUUCCCUACAAUGACCUCAGCCGUGGUGACCCCAGACCUCUAGGGCGUCUGUUCGAAAAGCCUCGGCCAAACAUUCAUCCCGUUCUUCUAGCGAGAUACAUGCUCCACGUCGCGACUUUCUUACAAAAUCUGCCCCCCGACUCUCACAAAGUGCUGGAUGGACUCUCAGAGCCACCGCACGAUAUGAUGAAGCGACUAGCCGACACUGCUAUCAGCCUCGUUACCAUCAAUGAUGAUCUUGUCGGUUACAUCGAGGGAUUAGAGUGCGUGAUGAUAGAGAGCUGGUAUUGGGUGAAUGGCGGAAACUUAAGGAAGGGCUUGAUCGCUGUCCGGAGAGCUAUGACAAUCGCACAGUUGAUGGGCUUCCAUCGAUGUGAAAGCCAGGCGCAGUGCAAGAUCCUUGAUUCGGGGACGGAAGCUCAUCCGCAAUUUAUUUGGUUUCGAAUUAUAUUUCUCGAACGACAUUUGUGCCUAAUGUUAGGCCUUCCGCAGGCAACACAAGACCACAGCAUGGUUUCCGGGACGUUGCUCGAAGGUGAUACACCCAUGGGUCGUCUUGAGCGAAUACAUUGCGUUGUCGCCUCUCGCAUUCUAGAACGCAAUAAUUCCGAUACGAGCCUCCACACCUACUCCCUCACGCAGGAGAUAGAUGGGGAAUUGCAAAGAGCAGCCGCGUGUCUGCCCUACAAAUGGUGGCUCACCGCAAAUAUAGCUGCCGAAGGCAAAGAUGAUCCAGACGCGCUUUUUUGGGAUAUGCGACGGCUAUUUCAUCAGCUUUUCCACUACAAUCUGCUGAACCAGCUCCACCUGCCUUACAUGAUCCGCUCCUCCUCCGAUGGACAUCAAUACGAUUACUCGCGGAUCACUUGCGUCAACGCCUCUCGUGAGGUGCUCUCGCGUUUCCUCACGUUUCAGAAAUUCAAUCGUUUUGCUUUUACCUGCAAGACCAUCGACUUUUUCUGUUUCAUGGCGGCUAUGACAUUGCUACUAGCGUAUCUCGAUGGACAUCGGUGCUUAGCUUCUCUCGUGUCAUCUCAAGGGCAACAAAAGACUUCAAUGACUGAGAAUCUGCUAGCGCACCAACGCCCCGGUGACCGCGCGCUUGUAGAGCAGAUUCAGGAGAACAUGGACGAAAAAAGUCGAUUACUUGGUGACUCUUUAAGCACGCAGAGCGCUGACCUAUUGCGGCGGCUGAUGGCUAUCGAGACUGAGGCAGCCAACGGGAUCUCGCCCUGUGCCAAGGACUUAAGUGCGCAGAUGCCAGUCAAGGGGCUUAGUGACGAUGGCAGCAAUUCUGUCCAUGUCCAAAUCCCCUACUAUGGCACCAUCAAUAUCACACGUGAGGGUGUCAUAUCCAAGGUGGCUCACCCACAGUCGAAUGUAGAGGGCCCUAAUCGAGGCACUUUUCAUGAGGAGCUCCCGGUAGAAGAACAUGCUCCCCGAAUGGAAGCCACAGUCGAUUUAUCUACGAAUGGCGGCUAUUGUGCUGCUCCACAGACUGUACUACAGCCCCCCGGUGUGAUAUGCGAAACCCUUCUGGAACAGAAUGAACACCAUAUAUUGACUGCUGGAGCUGAUGACUGGGCCUUCCAGGGUGUCGACAUGGCUUUCUUUGAUAGUCUAUUGAGAGGAGCUUGA